AAAGUGACUGCCCUCUGUUAGUUUAUUCCAACCUCUGUCACUUCAACAUCUGAGGAACAGAGGCUGCUAUGACUUUGUGAGGUUUUGCAAGGUUAAACUUAAUCCAUGGCCUCUCUCUUUGAGGAGAAUCUCUGUUGUCCUGUAUGUCGUGAUGUCUUCAGGGAUCCUGUGCUGCUCAUGUGCUCUCACAGCUUCUGCAGAGCCUGUCUGGAGCAGUACUGGCAGCACACCAAUCUGCAGACAUGUCCACUCUGCAGAUCAAGUAGCUCUGUGGAGAAUCCUCCUUGUAAUCUCACUUUGAAGAACCUGUGUGAGGCUUUCAUACAAGAGAGAUUCCACAGAACUUCAGCAUGCAGUGAACUGCUCUGUGGACUACACGGAAAGAAGCUCAUGCACUACUGCCUGGAGGACAAACAGACGGUGUGUGAGGAGUGUAAAUCUACGGUUCACACCAACCACUGCUUAAAACUACUGGAUGAAGCAGCACCAGAUCUAAAGUUGGACCUAAAAAGAAAACUAGAGCCACUAAAGGACAAACUAGAGCAGUUUAGAAUGGUUAAACACAUAUGUGCCCAAACAGAAGAGCAUAUUAAGACCCAAGCCCAGCAUACAGUGGCUCUGAUAAAGAAGGAGUUUGAAAAGCUUCACCAGUUUCUUUGGGAGGAAGAGGCAGCCAGGAUAGCUGCACUGAGGAAGGAGGAGGUGCAGAAGAGUCAGACAAUGAAGAAAAAGAUUGCACAGAUAAACCGAGGCAUUUUAUCUCUCUCAGACAAAGUCACAGCCAUGGAGGAGCAGCUAGAAGAAAACAGUAUCUCAUUUUUGCAGAACUACAAAGUCACUGUGGAAAGAGCUCAGGGUAAACUGAAGGAUCCAGAGAUCCUCUCUGGAUCGCUGGUUGACGUAGCAAAGCACCUGGGCAACCUGACAUUCAAAGUUUGGGAGAAGAUGCAGAGCAUUAUUCAAUACUCUCCUGUCAUUCUUGACCCCAACACUGCUCACCCCUGUCUGCACCUGUCUGAUGAUCUGACUGCAAUGACACUUUGUAGCCGUGAUACAGAGCGUCCAUCUAAUCCGGAGAGAUUUGACGACUAUGUUAGUGUGCUGGGCUCUGAGGGCUUUGACUCAGGAGCUCACUCCUGGGAUGUUGAGGUUGGAGACAGCUCAGCGUGGGCUGUGGGGGUGAUCUCAGAGUCAGUGUUCAAGCACAGAGAGAACCUCUCCAAGCAUGGCUUAUGGCAUGUGGGCUACUACAAGGGUGAAUAUGGGAAAGGCCUGUCGGAGAUGCUUACACCUUUCAGACUGAAGCAAAAACUGCAGAGGAUCAGAGUGAAGCUGGACUGGGACAAAGGACACGUGUCCUUCUUCAAUCCUGAUGACAACACACAUGUGCACACCUUCACAGACACAUUCACUGAACCAGUCUAUCCAUAUCUGUACAAUGCCUGUCCUGCUCAGGCUUUGACGAUAUUAACUGUACAGGCCUCAGUCAGUGAAUAGUGCAGGAUAUGAGAUCUGCCCUGAGUGGAAUGCAUAUUUUGUAUAUUAUGUGUACAACCCCAAUUCCAAUGAAGUUGGGACAUUGUGUAAAACAUAAAUAAA